AUGAAGGAGCUGGGGAACUGGCUAUGUGAGCUGGUUGACUUCAUGGAGCCGCCACAGCUGGUGUCUUGGUGCUGCUGCCAGGUGCUGACACCUCUCAUCGCUCCCCUGCACGCCCUGCAACUCGCUUCCCAGGCCCUAUGGAGAUUGGAGAGCCUGGAGUUUGUCCUGUGUUUUCAAGGCAUAAAAACAGGCCAGCAUUUGGUGUUCAAUGGGACCCACAGGACCUGUGAGAUCCAAGGCUGGUACCCCGUGGAGAGUGACGCUGUGCCAGUGUAUCCUCUGCUGGUGAGGCUGACACCUUCACGCUGUUUUCAAAAACCUGUCACCUUCAGCAAGUUCAACUUCUCCAAGUCCAAUGCCUUGGAGACCUGGGACACCACCUACUUCAAGUGCUGCUGCUAUGACCCACGCUUCAGCCCCUACAGCCCUGUGCUCCCCAUCAGGGACUUUGGCCACAGCUGGAGGGAUCUUGAGGACCUGGCAUUGCUGGGCAGUGCUGUGGGCAUCCCCAGCCCCGGGGAUUGUGACCUGGACACCAGGGGCUCUGACUGCCGGUCCCCCAACUCCUUCCAGCUGCAGAAGAGGAGCUACAACUUCAGGUGCGGCCCCACUGCCCACCUGCUGAUCCUCAGCCAAGUCCUCCCCGACCUGUCCUCCCGUGGCGUCCAGAACAGACCACACCCUGGCCCGUCCCUCUGGAUGCUCUGCUGUGUGUGUGACGGGGGCCCCAGGGCAGGAGGGGUGCUCUCAGCUCCAGGUCCCCCAGCUCAGGCUCCAUCCAGCCUCCCUGCUGAGCCCUUUGGCCUCCACCCCACCUGUCCCCACACCCCUGCUGUAGCUGGGACCCCUACCCCAGCCUCUCCUGCACUCCACCCUCCUCCAGCAUCUCCCUCCACGCCACAGGGGGCUUUCCUUUUUACUUUUCCCUUAAGGUAG